AAGCUCAUCUGACGUCAGCCACGUUACAUUUCAGUAAACCAAGAUGGCGGAGGUGAGCGGGUUGAGGAGCAGAAAUCACUUCGAGUCGAACUGCAAAAGCCGAGUCGUUGACGGAGGCUUGAGUGGAGUGGAAGAUGUCCCAAUUUUGCGGCGUAAGCAGAGGCCUCCUUUAGCUAAACCUGAAGACCUGGAGGAUGAGCUACCUCCCAGGAAUAAAACAUCCAGUGCAGCCACUGUCAAUAGCCUCACCCCCUCACCAGAUGAAGAGAUCCAGGAAGAACAGGCUGUAGUAGAAGAGGAAAAAGCUAAGCCCAUCCAGAUUGUCUUGGCCAAUGAGGAUGAGCACAGCUUUGAACUGGAUGCUGCAGCACUGGAGAAGAUCCUGCUGCAGGAUGAUGUGAAGGACCUGAACGUGGUGGUUGUGUCUGUAGCCGGUGCUUUCCGCAAGGGCAAGUCCUUCCUGCUGGACUUCAUGCUGCGCUAUAUGCACAAUCAGGAGCAGAGUGAUUCAUGGAUAGGCGGUGACGAUGAACCUCUGACCGGCUUCACUUGGAGAGGAGGCUGUGAGAGGGAGACCACAGGAAUUCAGAUCUGGAGUGAAGUUUUUGUGGUUGAAAAACCCGAUGGCAGCAAGGUUGCUGUGCUUUUAGUCGACACUCAGGGAGCCUUUGACAGUCAGUCCACCAUUAAAGACUGCGCUACAGUGUUCGCCCUCAGCACAAUGACCAGCUCUGUGCAGGUGUACAAUCUCUCUCAGAACAUACAGGAGGAUGAUCUGCAGCAUCUGCAGCUCUUCACUGAGUAUGGGCGGCUGGCAAUGGAGGAGAUCUACUUGAAACCUUUUCAGUCGCUGAUGUUCCUGAUUCGGGACUGGAGUUACCCAUAUGAGCACGAUUACGGUCUGGACGGAGGCAACGCCUUCCUGGAGAGGAGACUCCAGGUAAAACAAAAUCAACAUGAAGAGUUGCAGAAUGUAAGGAAGCACAUUCACUCUUGCUUCUCCAACAUCGGCUGCUUCCUGCUGCCACAUCCUGGGCUCAAGGUGGCCACAAACCCGUACUUUGACGGCAGGCUGAGAGACAUUGAUGGCGAUUUUAAGCGGGAACUGGCCAAGCUGGUGCCGCUCCUUUUGGCCCCAGACAGACUGGUGGAAAAGGAGAUUGGAGGAAAUAAGGUCACCUGCAGAGAUCUCCUGGAAUACUUCAAGGCUUACAUAAAGAUUUACCAAGGCGAGGAACUGCCUCACCCAAAGUCCAUGCUGCAGGCGACAGCAGAGGCCAACAAUCUGACUGCUGUGGCAGGAGCCAAAGACAUGUACAGCAAGAAUAUGGAGCAGAUCUGUGGAGGGGACAAGCCAUACAUCGCCCCUGGUGACCUGGAGCGCUGCCACGAGGAGUUUCGUGAGCAUUCUGUUAGUUACUUCCGCUCUGUGAAGAAAAUGGGCGGUGAGGAGUUCUGCCAGCGCUACCAGUGCCAACUGGAGACGGAGCUGGACGAGGCCUACGUCAACUUCUCCAAACACAACGAUGGCAAAAACAUCUUCUAUGCAGCACGUACACCCGCCACACUCUUCGCGGUCAUGUUCGUUACCUACGUGGUGUCUGGGGUGACGGGCUUUAUCGGCCUGAGCAUCUUAGCAGCGAUGGCUAACUCUGUCAUGGGUAUAGCGCUGCUGUCGCUCUGCGCCUGGGCGUAUGUGAAAUAUUCUGGAGAGUUCCGUGAAGUGGGGACGAUGAUAGACCAGGUGGCCGAGAUGCUCUGGGAACAGAGGACUGUCAGAAAGGUGUUUUCCAAACUUUUGGAGCCGGUCAGGAGUCGCCUGGCUUGGCCCACCUCUCUCCUCCCCUCAUUCCCUCCAGGACUGACUCUGGGACUCAGAGCUCUGUCUCCUCUCAACAACAACUACAAGAAGACAAACUAGCUGCAGGCUGGUUCACCAGUUCACUGGCUGACUUAGAAACCUUCUUCUAAUAUCUCAACUUCUGCACUUUGCUGGCUUUUUUUUUUGUUCCUUUUUUCCUCCAAUGGUGCUGAUCUUUAAACUUUAACCCUGUGCGGCCCUCGGUGUGGAGGGUAACCAUCAUCCUCCUCUGAAUGUAUCUGAACCCUGGCACCCAUCUCAGGAUCCAAAGGAUUACAGAGCCUGCAUAAAACGGUUUUUAAUCAUCUUACUUGGGUGAAUGUGGAGAGGAUGGGUGCUUGUUGAAGAUAUUUUCAUUUCAGUUUUGAGUCAUUUUUUUCGAGAAGGUUUUGUGGUCGGCAUGUUCAAAACCAUUUUUACUUUGCGUUCCUUUUUUUUUGUUUUAACCUUAACAUUUUCCUUCCCUAACCUUUUUACUUUCAGUUUCUUUGUCCCUUUUGUGUAAACUAGAUUAUUUUACUGUACAUACUUCAGCUAAAAUCUUUCUCUUGUCUCUCCUCUUUUCUUGAUCUCUCUACUUUCCUGUGCUGCAGGUUUUGAAGCCACUAAGUGAACAUUAUAUGGAGGACAACGUCAGACAGACCGUGGUUAACUCUAUCAAAGCCAGUUUGACAGAAAAGGGCUCACAGCACACCAAGUUAAAGACUCACUGACACUUUUCCUCUUCAUCAUCACCGUCUCCUCUUCAUGUUGCUACUCGUCCUGCCCACUCGCUCAGUGUUAAAUCAUAGAACUGUGGAAGUAGUUCAACACCAAAGCUUGACCCUCUUGGUUUUCAUGUCUCCCUCCAAACACACACGUCAGUGCAGCCCCAUCUUUACUGUCAUUAGCUGUAGCGGACCGUAGGCUCGCUGUCUGCCCUGCUCCACGUCGCCUCCCAGUGCCUCAGAGCAGAAGUGCACGUUCUUCAGAGGACCGAGCAGAGAAGCCGGCGUCGCCUUUUGCCAAAACAUGACCUGAAUGAAGGACUGUCAUCUUUUUCUCCAGUGUGCCAUGCUGUGAUAGAUGUAGUAUAAACUGUAGGCUGACAUACACACACACACUUCAGAAUAUGUUUAAUGUGGACAUGUCUGAAAUCCAACUGGUAGCUGACUGCACUCACUUCAUGACUGAGCUGUAAUUCAGGGAUGAUAACUGACACUGCUGUGGGCAGCUGUUAUCGACAAAUAGAUGCAAACUGAAAACUUUGCUUUUCUUUUCUUUUUUUUUUGUGCUUUUAGUCAUUUUGACCUCUUAUAAGCCAGGCAGUUCAGAGCUCAGUUUACUUUCCCUUCAGAUACUUUGUUCAUGUUUCCAAUAAGCACAAGUAAUCACAUCAGAAACUGUGAAGUGAUGUUCACGUUUUGAUGAUUUCAGUUAAUCCAGGAAACAUGACAUUUCUGAGGGGAAAGUAAACCAAAGGUGCCUGAUGCCCUAUAAAGACUGUUCACGGUGACAGAGGCAGAACUGUGUUAUUCAUCUGAAAGACUAGAGCCAUUCACUUGAAGUGUGUUGACCAGUGACGCGUUUUUGAUAAAACUCUGGUCUCAGGUGGAUUCUACAUAAAAACCUCUGUCCGCCUCCUGUCUCUCCCUUUAAUAUUCUGAUUGUAAUCCUGAAGAGAACUGUAGGAUGCCUUUCAAUGAGCCUCUCAGCUGACUGUUGCUUUUUGUUGUAGAAGUUGGUGUGUUCUAUCUGGCCUUAGUGUCUUGUAGCGGCCUGCCAGUGUUCAGCCUCUGCAUGGUGUUAAGAGCUACUGUACGGUGGCAAUAAGCUAGUUAAGAGCUUUUAGUGGCCAGGCCUCAUGUAGACUGGUUAUGAAGACUGUUGUUUUGUUCCAUUCGUCUUCACUGCCUUUCAUUAAAGCCACAUUCACCCUCACCUUCCCAAAACAUCUUUAGGACCUCCAUGCUGAUGUUUAGUUGUUGCUUGGAUUUAGGGUUAUUCGUUCUUAUUUUUAGCCUAAAAGCCAUGCAGCUAACACCUGACCUACCCCUUCCAAAGAAACCUCCCAUGUUGAAGUUAAAAGUUUUGGAAAAUCAUGCUCUUACAGAUAAUUUACUAACUGCUGUACUUGAUUUUCUUAGGAGUCCAAAGGUUUGUAAAAGUUAAUUCUUCAUGUGAUUGACUGAAUCCUGCCCAUUGACUGUAUUUUAGUUUCACACACUAACAGCUGUAUCAUGUCUGAGCUCUUUUCUGUUUAUUCCAUCCACUUGAUUUCUCACCUUAAGCGCCAGUCUCCUACUGUACAGUCUGUGUUCACAUACUACAAAUCGGGCAUGUAUGUUGGAUUUAAUAUUUAAAUAAACUUUGUAUACAUUUUAUAGUGAAUCAGUUGACAUGGCUGUUUUUUCUCUUGAUCAACUAAACAGUCUGGUUUAUUGAACUCUAAGUUGCUGCUGUAGGGUUUACAUUAGUUUUAUCCCAUCGUGAAGAUGGAAGCUGUAGAAACAAGUAUUUGGAUUUUGAUAGUGAGGUCUUUGUGUCGAGUGGGUCGGAGAUUAUGUCUGCCUUUUACAAAUAUCUCUGAUAAUUUAUUUUUGAAUAAAAUGUAUAUCUUAAGAAUAAAUUCAUCUAUAAAUUA